AUGCGUCUGAUUGUGCGGCAGGAUUAUGAGGAAGUCUCUGCUUAUGCAGCCUAUUAUGUAAAAGAGCGUAUCAACCAAUUUCAGCCUACCAAGCAGCGACCGUUUGUCCUGGGUCUCCCCACCGGUUCAUCGCCCAUUGGUGUCUACCAUAAACUGGUCGAAUUUUAUAAUGCAGGCGAAGUUAGUUUUGAACACGUCGUCACCUUUAACAUGGACGAAUACGUCGGUUUACCAAGGGAUCAUCCACAAUCGUAUCGUGCAUUCAUGUGGAAGCAUCUCUUCCAGCAUGUCAACAUCAAAAAGGAAAACGUACACAUUUUAGACGGCAAUGCUGAGAAUUUGGACGAAGAGUGUCGCAAAUUUGAAGCUGAAAUAGCCAAGUCAGGUGGUAUUGAGCUAUUUCUUGGAGGAAUUGGGCCGGAUGGUCACAUCGCAUUCAAUGAACCUGGAUCCUCAUUGACUUCGCGUACACGCGUAAAAACAUUGGCUUACGAAACCAUCAUCGCCAAUGCUCGAUUUUUUGGAGGCGAUGUCACACGAGUACCCAAACUGGCGCUGACGGUUGGCGUAGCAACGGUGAUGGAUGCUCGGGAAGUGGUGUUAGUCAUUACCGGUGCACACAAGAGUCUGGCACUCGCAAAAUGCAUUGAAGAAGGCGUCAACCACAUGUGGACUGUAUCAGCGAUACAGAUGCACCCUAAAGGAUUAAUUGUAUGUGAUGAAGAUGCGACAUUAGAACUCCAUGUCAAGACGGUGAAAUACUUUAAAUCCAUUGAACACGUUCAUCACUCUAUUAUUGGACCUCACAAUUUAGGUUUACAAGGCAAUUUAUUAAGGAACAUGGUGGAUACAAAUCAGGCGGCCAAACGUCGUCGACGACUCAUGUUACAAAGUCUGUUAAACAACGACGAUGAUGAGGAUAAAGAUGAUCAACAAAUAAGUUCAUCAGAAUCAUCCGAUGAAGGCCCUAAUAAGCGUCGGAGAAGCUGA